AUGGAAUAAUAGAUCCAACCUAAUAAUAUCCCUCUCAAAAGGAAAUUAAGAGACGAUCCAACAGACUGGAAGCUUGUAGCAUACUUCGUAAUAUGUACAAUCAUCUUCUAUGGGUUGGCGGCCCCACUAGCUCACUUUGUGGCCCAUCAUUUGGGAGAUGUUGAUACAUAGCAAGUUACUUUCGACAACAUCUAUUACAGAUAUUAUGUUCAUACUAAGUAUUUGCCACUACAACAGCUUAUUUACUAUUCUAUCAUGUUGAUAACUGGAUUCAUGUUUAUAAAUAUCUCAAACUUGCAAAACUAAAGGUAGAAUCCCUUAAAGGGAAGUGAUGGUACUUACAAGGAUUUCAAAUGCACUAUUUACGUUUCAAUACUUUUGUUUUUCGCUUCUGCAAUUGUUGUCCUAAGAUAAAACUAUGAUUUGAAAUCUUAUUGUGAUACCACUCACAGAAAGCCAAUAAAGAGUCCUGAAAUGACUGACAUCGAUCUCCAAGCUCCAUUACAACAAAUUUUUAUGUCCAUUGAAAGAUUGAACCAUGCCUAAGUCCUCAAUACUCCCAAUACCCCUCAUUGUUAUGUUUACACUGAUACUGAGGUGUUCAACUAUAAUUAUUUCGUAUGGACAACUGGAUUCGUUCUUGGACUGCAAUUCACUCAUAUGGAUGUUGGAUUCUUGCAACAAUUCACACUUGAUUGGAACGUAAUGAAAAAUUGGCCUUGGUAUCUUUGGGCUCUCUUUAUUGGCCUCAUCUCUCUAAUAGGAUUUAUAUUCACUUACCUCUAUUAUCUCUACUCUACAAUUCAGUUUUUCAACAUUUACAUCGGGAUCUUUGCAGGAAUUAUUGGCCUGGUUUGA